AUGGACAAGGUGCAGAAUCCCAAGGUCCUACGGCGCCGCCAGAGUUCGAUUGCGAAUAUGAUUCGACUUCUACACGGAGGAGCACCCUCUGCACCACCACCGUCAAAGUCAGAGCAGGUGGCCAACCAGAUGCGGACGAUUCGUCGCUUGUUGCAGUCUUUGCAUUGGCCAAAUCUUCAUCAUGAGUUCUUGAAGUGGGUCCGAAACUCCGCAGGCUACGAGGUAGGUGUUCGGGACUUUCUGCGAGGCAUGGAGGAGGAUUUCGAUCGAUUUGAUGAGAUUGACCUUUCUCGUGAUGAUGUCUGCGUUUCAAUGACCAAGCACGAGCUGCGGCUGCUUGACUAUUUUAAUUGA